AUGAGUCGUCGCCGAGGGUUUUGCGGUUGCUGCACCGCGUUGCGCCCGCAUUACAAACGCCUCGUUGACGACAUUUUCCCGCCGAGCGCAGACAUGGGACUACAGAAGAACAACAUGGAAAAGCUAACUUUUUACGCAUUGUCAUCCCCCGAGAAGUUGGACCGCAUCGGAGAGUAUAUCGCUCUUCGGUUGAUGCGGGAUCUCGGCAGACGCCGCCCAGGCUUCGUUGAGAUCGCCAUGGAUGCCAUGGACCAACUUUUAGUCGCCUGCCACGCCCAGUCUCUGAACCUUUUCGUGGAAAGCUUCCUCAAGACAGUGCAGAAACUUCUGGAAAGCCCGGAUCCGCGGAUGCAAAUCCGCGCUAGUCAGUCUUUCGUCAAGUUCGCCAACAUCAAAGAAGACACGCCGUCGUAUCACUUGCGUUAUGAUUUUCUGGUCAGCAAGUUCUCGGCCAUGUGUCACGAUGGUAACCUGGACAACGAAGUGCGGAUGAACAUCCGGAUGGCCGGACUACGGGGACUCCAGGGUGUCGUCCGGAAAACCGUGGGCGAUGACCUCUUGGAGUCCAUCUGGGAGCCGAAUCACAUGAACAAGAUCGUGCCUUCCUUAGUCUACAACAUGCAAACCGGUGUGUCUUACGGUCGGUCCGGUGAAUCCGCAUCUGGACAGUCUGCUAUACAGAUGGAUUCGCGAAUGGACCGAGAUGCGAAAUCUUCGGAAGAGCUGGAAGGUGAAACGCCGGAGUCGCUUGCUGAGGUUUGCUUGCGCGAGUUGGCUGGAAGAGCUCCGUAUGGGAAACUAGAGACGGUCCUUUCUGCGGUGCUCACUCAUAUGGAUAACCAUCGUCUGUGGGAUCCGAAUGAGUUCGCUGUACAGGUCUUCCGCGUCGUCAUGUUCUCGAUUCAGUCCAAGUAUUCGCAGUCGGUUAUCCAGGCUUUGAUUGCGCAUUUGGACAAGCAGACCAAGUCUGGUCCACGCUUGAGAACCGCGAUUGCGGACGUGAUCGCCAAGGUCAUAGCGAUUGCCGCCGGAGAAAGCGUGGGUCUGUCACCUUUGGAGAUCAUCAGCUCGCUUUUAACCCAGUUGAAGCGAGCUGUUUUGGCUGUGGAGCGAACGAAGGAGAUGAGUCCGUUUGGUGAAGGAAACGAAGAUGACGAGGAGACAGAUGCUGACGUUACGAACUUGCGAGGCUCCUUCCAUAACAAGGGUCAUUUACAUUUGCAAGAAGAACGUUACCAAGCGACACUCAUCAAUGCAUUGGGAGAGUACGCGAAUCAUUUGCCCGACUACCAAAAGAUCGAGGUGAUGAAAUUUGUGAUUGGGAAAAUCCCGGAACGGCUCCCGAAUUCUCGCGACUUGGCUGACGAAACUGCAAUGAAGGACGAAGAUGCCAACCUCCUGCUUCGGAAAAUACUCCUGAAAUCCAUGCUAAAAGUUGGCACGAAAUACAUCACGUUGCAGUUUUCGCAGACCUUCCAAAUGAACUUGUUGGAACCCUUGUUACGGAUGGCCGUUAGUCCCCACGCGGAAAUUCGGCUGCUGAUUCAGCACAUCAUGCAUACCCUGAUUGACCGACACGACAAUUUAACCAAGCUUCAGCAACUCACUAUUAACCCCGGGAAUUUGCAGUUGCGAGUGGAACAGUGCUCCAGUUCUGAUCUGCAAUUUUUCAAGAAACGGGGUCCAGAUAUGUUCUUAUGUCUCUAUGGUGCCUUGGAUCAAACGAACAAUACUGAGGAGAAUAUCAGAGCCGUCCACACAACAGUGGCCCUUAUCUGCAUCGAAAUGAAAGGUCCAGAGUCGCAAAUAGAAGCAUUGCGGUUCUUGUUCGGGGUUCAGGACGUGGCUGAAGAAAAGGAGCACGAGGUUAAAGACGGCAGACCUCGUUUGUCCGCUCUAGACAAACUCAAUCUACACGCGUUUGUGGCGAGCUCCAUGAACCUCUUGUCCCACAUGUCCGGGAUCGAGGAAUUCGUCGACUAUACGCAACACGUUACGCAGCGUCGUCUGGAUCAUUCCCCACUCAUGUUACCGCCUUUACGAAGCAGCACGUUAUUGACCAAAGACCGGGAAAUGUCCGGGGAUUUAUUGUUCGACCGUUCGGAAGUCAUUGGGAUUCUGCAGCGAGCCGAAGUUGACUCGAGCAAAUUGGAGCAACCGUAUCCAACGAAGGCCCCAAGUCAGCAUUCCUGGUUGGACAAGGGUCGCAGCAUGUCCCGCAAAGGAAGUCAGAAGAGGACCAGCGACGAUGCCGUUUCCGGAUCCGGUUCUGAAGACUUCAACGAAGGCGACAGCUUUGAAUCGUCUUCCCUGGGACGCAGCAAAAAGGUUUUCCAUCUCCCGGGACACAAGUCGCAAGAGGUUUCGUUUGAAGCGUUUAAGCGGCUCGUGAACGAGCCUUCGGAUGUUCACAAGGAGGCCGAGCUGGCCCGCGGACGGGAGAUUGCGAAAAUGUUUCAGAAUAUGACGUUCAACGAGUUGUUGUCGCGUCAGCCGUCGGUUGACGAUUUGCAGUGUCGCCUGGCGGAUAUUUUUCAGAGAAUCAAUGGGUCUUCGGCGUCCCACGAGAACUUGUUGGGUGUGGGUGGGUCCCCAAGGCGGGAAGUGAAUUCUGAAAUUGAGGUUCCGUUCCUGGCUGGAGAACUAGAAUUUCCGGAACUCUACGUGUACUAACCUCAUCUUUUCUUUCCUUCUUCUUCGUGGGAAAUCGAAGUUCGCGUGAGUUUACGAGGAGUUUCUGAUUCCCGCGCACAGUAUUAAAAAAAAAUCAAGAAAAUUACCACCAGUAGUUUAAAUUUUUCCGUUUUCGUUUGAUUCUUCUUUACACGUUGCUUCAAGUAUUGUCAUAUUAAUACCAAUUCAUCUGCUCUCUUAAUCCGAUAAUCCAAGCAUUCCAAGGACGUCUUUCUUCUUGUAGCUUGAAUCUCUGGACCUUGAAUAGCACUUGGAAAUCAUUGAAAUUUUGGGAGCAUCAGUGGAGAAGGUUUAGUUGAUUUUUUGUGACAUUUGGUUGCUCUGAAACCUAUCGUGUAAUAACAAAAGAUCUUCUACUAUGAAAUCAUUCACUGAUGCAAGAGGUAAGAAUAAAUAAACAAAAUGAAAAACGCGUGGAAAACAGAUAAAUUAUUCAGAUAAUCCUAGUAUUCCCUUUUCUACACACUGUAUCAAUAAUCCUUGGAAGCAUUCGCCCAUUUACGAGGUUGAGUCACGAAUGAAGUUGUGAAGGGUGCGGGCAUAUUUCUUAAAAUAUCUAUGCAGUAUUUGAAUUACGUUUUACGGUUAGGUACUGUAUUUUUAUAUUUAGAAGAUUUGACAAUGCAAAAUCAAAAAGAAUGUGUAUCAAUUAUUGUAUGUCAAACAUCUGACGAGUGUUCGAAUCAAUUUUGUAAUCCUUACUUCUCCGUUACAUUCUCCAUUUGACCCGUUUUCUCGCAUGCUUGGAUUCAUUUAGGUCCUCUUUGAUCCAAAAGGUUAGUUCAUGUUAAGAAUAUCGUGCAAUCAUUUCUGGUUAUCUAUAGAUACCCCCUGAAACAAAGAUACUGUAUUUAUCUCGCUGAUACACUGUAUCAUCUAUCUCGUCUGAACCAGCCUGAGGUAUGAGCCGCAGCUGCGCUAGAACUGUGCUGAUCGAGCAGAAGAUAACUUCUGCUAUCCGUGAUAGAUCGACUCCAUAUUUUGUUAUUGUUUUCGAAUAAGUAAGCAUUCAUAACGCGUAUGUGUCAAGAAAUUUGUUUUUUUUCGGUAGUGAGGAAAACCGGUGUUAAAAGGUUCCGUAUGGAGGCAAUUCGCCCAAAACUUGGGUGCUUUUUCAUCGAAAAUAGGGCUUCAAAAUGAUUUAAUUGUUGGAAUGCAAAGCUUGAAAUUGUUAUGGACUAUUCGCCAUUAAAAAAAUUUUAAAGUUGUUCGUCUGAAGGAAAAGCCGCUUCGAGGAAAAUGUUACUUAUUGCUGUAUGCGGGGUUUUCAAAAUUGUACCAUGCCAUGGAAAAGAUUUGUUUGAAACUUUUGAUUUUCAAAAACAUUCACGUACGAUGUUGCAGUUUAAUCUAAAAAAAAAAGAUGGGAAUCUUCGCUAGAGAUUUUAAUCUGGUUUUAUGGUCUUGAGUUUCAUAGAAAGCAAGGAAAAUGAAAUUUCUUCUCUGCAGAGUAAUCUUUUGUGGACUCCCUAAUGUACAAGUGUAAGCUGCUUUUGGGCUUUUAUUUCCCGCGACGCAGCACUGCAUUUUUUGCAUUGACGGCCUCCAAACCAGUGUCUAAUCGCAGUACACUUUUUAUGCUUAUCAUAUCGGGCUUAUUCAACUGUUAUGAGCCGAGGUGCAAUGUUGCCUGUUGGCGGAUUUUUUUCAUGAACGAUGGGCUUUGAUUUUAUUGAAUUUCUUGAAUUCAAUUGGUUUUUGAAUUUUUUGCGCGGGAGAAGAGGGCGCGUUUAUCAAUUGAAUUUUCGUUCGGUCAAAAUUUUGAGAAAAAGGUUCCGUAAUUGUUUUCAUUUUAUGUAUUCGUUUGCUCCAAAUUGCGUUGGAAUGGAUUUGAGGGUUUUGUGGGCGAUGUGCUGUAUUCAAUUUUGUCGAUGAUCGGUUGCACUCAUUUUCCUGCCUUUCUUGGGUUACCAGUUUGUUGAAAGGGAAAACGUCAACCUGGGUUUUCGGUAUCGA